CCAAUCGGGUGAGGAGGGCGGGGCCGUGGUCCCGUGGUCCGAGGCCUCCUUUCUCUGGGCCCCUUUCUACCCCCCACCCCACCCACACACCUAGCCGCCAUCUUGUUCUUGCCGCGUGUUGCCUUCGGAGGGUUCUUCGGACUGAGAUAAAGCACGAUGAAUCAAGAAAAGCUGGCUAAACUUCAGGCGCAGGUCCGAAUAGGUGGAAAGGGUACAGCUCGUAGAAAGAAGAAGGUAGUCCACAGAACAGCCACAGCUGAUGAUAAAAAGCUUCAGAGUUCACUCAAAAAAUUGGCAGUAAACAAUAUUGCUGGGAUUGAAGAGGUGAAUAUGAUAAAAGAUGAUGGAACAGUUAUUCAUUUCAACAAUCCCAAGGUCCAGGCUUCGCUUUCUGCAAACACAUUUGCAAUUACUGGUCAUGCUGAAGCUAAACCAAUUACGGAAAUGCUGCCUGGCAUCUUAAGCCAGCUGGGUGCUGACAGCUUAACAAGUCUCAGAAAGUUAGCUGAACAGUUCCCAAGACAAGUGUUGGAUAGCAAAGUACCAAAAUCAGAAGAUAUUGAUGAAGAAGAUGAUGACGUUCCUGAUCUUGUAGAAAACUUCGAUGAAGCAUCAAAAAAUGAAGCUAAUUAAUUCAUUAAUAGUUCUGGAAGUUGACAUGGACUAGAUUUAAGAAAUCAGCUGUGUGGUUCCAAAGUUUUACAGAAACAGUGAACAUUACCCGUUUAAUAGUUCAAUAAUAUAAAAUAUUUUGUAUUUUAAUUAUGCUGCUUGUUCAGCAUUUCCUGUUGGUUGAUUUUUGCAUUUUGCACUUACUCCCAGGAUCUACCUUUUCAGUUAAAAAGGAAAAAAACAAUACAUUUUCAGUGCAGAUUAAGGGGUGUGUGCAUGUGUGUGUAUGUGUGUAUGUGGCUUUGCGUACAGUGGAAAGGAAAUCGGUGAACAGAUCUAUUCGACUUUCCCUUUCCCCUUGAAAGUGGAAAUAAAAUGAGUCUUUAACUUGGUUAAAGGAACCUUUAUUGUUGCAACCAAACAGUUCACAUACAAUAGUGAUAACUUAAGUCUUGCUUGUCUACAUUUCAUGAACUCCAGAAACCAUUUACUAAUUAACAUUUGAGUUUAAUUUUCUUCAUUAACUAUUGUAUUUGCAUUUGUAUUCCUCUUCCAUAUUCACAGUGUAUAUGUGCAGUUGCCCACCAGCCUCCUUUUGAUUCUAAAUUGUACCAAAGACAGGGUAUUAAUUAACAAACAUGUUUGUUGCAACAUUUUAAAAUAUAUAUAUACUUAAGAGCUUGGUUUUCCCCAUCCCUUUUAAAACUAUUCACUCAUUCACCUUAAUAUUUAACUUGGGUUGCAUUCACAUAUUAUGGAGUAAUCUACUUUGCCUUGGAUAAACAGCCUAUCCUGUGAAGUCCUGCCUGUUUAUGCCAAGCAAGUGUCAACCCUGCUCUUACGGCAUAAUUUUUGUAAAAAUCUGUAAGAAGCCUGAUUAUAUUCUUGUUUUGGGUUUCUGGGAGAAGAUAGGAAUGUCCUAGACUUUAAGGUUGGAGGCUACAGUCUACUCAAGUGGUGAAUCAAAUGUCUUGGUAGCUUCUCUUUGGUACAAUUAGCUGUUUUUCAAACACACCUCUCUUCAAAGCGUUGAAUGCUGUUUGACCCUUUUCAUCUCAGAUAAGCAGUGCCUGUGGGCAUAUUUUCCAGUAGUGUUGCUUACUUUUAGGGGAGUCUGUCUCAUAUCCUGUGUUUUUCAGUAGGAGAAAAUAAUUUUAUUGGAAGAGGUAAAACUGUUGUGGAUGUUACCAAACAGCUCCCAAGAGCAUAUGAGCCACUAUCUUAUUUCAGGACACUAGAAUCUGGAAGUGUAGUUUGGAUUAUACAGAACGGAGAAGGAAAGUGCCAUUGCUUGUAUUGUGAUGUGUUUUGCAUAAAUUGUCCAGCAAAAGGCUUAAAACAUUAAUUUUGAGGUUUGGAGCCCGUUAUCUGCAACCUACUUUGGGUGGAUACAAUGGUUACAGUCACUUUUGAAGAAAAAAAAGCCCUCCUCUGGUGGCGCAGAGGAUAGUGGCUAUAUCACAGGGUACAGUGCAGUAUUUUCUGAACCUUCCUUCAAACUGCUCAAUGUGAAGCUCUUCCUAGCGGUUCUUCAAAGGUGAUUGGUGUAAUGCAGUUGAGCAUCAUUUUAACCUUUGUCAAGGGCAGCUGCAGCGCGGGAAAGCCAUCUUUCUUACCUUUCUUUGGUGUACUUUUGAGACAUAUCUGCUUUCUGUGUAUAUACACCCAGCAACUAUAAAGUUUGAGGCUAUCAGUAUGUCAGCAUUCUAGUGACAUCAAGCUGAACCACAAAAGCAGAGCUUUUAGUGGUUUGUCACCUGGACUGCUCACUUGAUUUUAUAGAUUUGUUUGGUUUUCUUGUUCUAUUUUAUAUAAAACGUGGAUCUUAAUAAAAUAAUUCAAAAGAGGCAAUGUUCCCUCUUGUGUGUUAUCUCCUCCCAACAACAACACUAAUAGAGGGACAAAUCGUAGUUACAGGUGAUGCUUUAACCAGCAGUACACUUGCCAUGCUAUAUUUUUGAAUAUUUCUUCUUUCUGCACAUGUGCAAAUAAUAGGCAUAGUUCCUUUAAGCAUAUUUGCUGUCCCAUGAGACAGCAAAUGAACAUGUAGAAACAUUUUUUGCAGAGAGCUUUUACUGAUCAGUAUGGCUGAAGCUCACAUAAUUUCAGUUAUUCUGUCCUUAUAACUAGCAUUUUUAGUGCAGCUGUUAAUAAUUUACUUAAUGAAGAUCUGAAAAAUUAAUUUCUUGUCCAGAAUUAGGAAAAACUUCAGAAUAGUAAAGGGCAGGCAUUUGGAAUAAGUUUCAAUUCCUUUUACCAACAAAACGCACACCCACAAAUCUCCAGCUUUAAACUUUCCUUUUGCCAAUUUAUUUGUAAUCCUUAUUCAUACUUGUGUUUGGAAAUCAGCGAUUAUCUUGCAUAGUGAUUACUUUUUACUGUAUGCCAAGAACUGUUGACCACUUAAUUGUUUUUUGCCGACGUUCUAUAGUUUAUUGAAAACCAUUAAACUGAUAAUAACUGAAGACGUGAACUAUUAAGACUGUUCUGAUACCACCUAGUCUCCUUUUGGCACUUGAGAGCAACAGCCUACUGGAGCUGAUCAUCAAGGCAAACCUUCCACUUCCAGUGCUAUGAGAUGCAUUGAUUAGACACAGCAACACAGUUGUAGAGGGUUUGUUUGUUUUUUUGUUCAUGUCAAAUAUUUGAGUAAAUAAUAGAAUUUGUAACUCCCAUAAAGUUUUCAUUAAUUUAGCAAUGUACUGGCACCUAUGAUACUAUGUAGUGUCUUGAAGGUUAAACAAUUAUUAAAGCAAUUCAUUGAAAUAUAAAAUAUGUGUUGCUGGCACCCUGAUCUUAGACUUCUAAAUGUUGAAGCAAGUCCUAUUGACAUGAAUGGAGCUUACUUCUGAGUGUGUUUUAUUUGAAUCAAGAGUCUAAUAAGCUGAAUCAGUUUAAAUAGGUUUUCCUAUGACUCUUAGAACCAGGGGGCAGGAUGCUGCCAUAGGAUGCUGAGAACCUCCUCUGAGUAAAGGGCUCCCUAUACUCAAGAGGAUGAAAUGGGGGGUUUGGGGGAGGCCUCGGAUCUGCUAGUUCCAAACCCUCCUUGUUCCCCUUGCACUGACUGUACUUAUUUUCCUUACCAUUAAUGAAAUUAAUGAAAAUAGGAAAGAGGUUGAUGGGAAGAGGAAACCUUGCACACCUGCCACAUUCUCCCCUGGUCACAGCAAGCAGGCAGGGCUAUGGUUGUAACAGAUACGCCACCACAGAUCUCCUCCUUAUGGGAACAUAGGAUUGCUCUGUUUGUUAGCAUAGUUUAACCUCAGUGCAGAGAGCCAUAAUAUUUUAAGCCCUCUGCAGAAACACUUUCGUAGUCCCACUUAUAUUUGAAACAAAGUAUUAGAUCAUAGUACAGUAGACUCUCUCAGCUUACGCAGGGGUUACCGGGGUAGCCGAUAUAAAGCCACAAUCGCCUAUAGUCAAAACACACUCCUUACACCUCCAAACAUGCUCAGGGUCACCGAACAUUCUCCCUGCAUCUCCCAGUGCUGUUCCAAGGUGAGUGAAAUGGUGGGUAGGACUGCCGAUGCCCCCCUCUUAAUUUUUAUGUGGUCAAAUACAUAAAGCUGAAUUUGCACAAGUUAAAUGUAAGUUGCAAGGCAACUAGUUAACUAGAUUGUUAGCAGCUUGUUUCCCAGCAUCUCAGUAGAAUCAAUACAUGUUAUUUCUGAAAGAAUACAUUAUUUAGAACAUGAAAUUCUAUUACAGUACAGUGAGACCUUUGGUCCAUUUACUUCCAAUGUUUCAGACGGGAUUCUUUCCCAGCCCUACCUGAAGGACCCAGGAAUUGAACCUGGGAUGUUUUGUAUGCAAGGUCUGGGCUCUUCCACCGAGAUACAUAGCCCGUCUGUAAUCUGUGGAAACUCAAAAGAGCCAGAGAGCACAUCUGGAUACUAAACAUCUUACUGCUGAAAUCUAGUUGCUGUGCAUUUUUCAUGAAAUGUGGUUUUAGGACAAUAUGGUCUGAAGAAUUCCGAUUAUGCCCUGUGUUUAUGGCAUCACAUCAUUCUGCUAGCAUAACACUGUUAUCUGUGCUGUAGUAACUGCAGGAGAACUGAAGUACCGGUAGUUGCCUUCCUGUCAGCUGAUGAACUUUAUUUUGCCCUUGUCCAUUUGUUUUAUCUUGUGUUCCUGUUUCUUCAGGAAGAAGAAAGGAAAGUGGGUUUAGGGAUAGAAAGACAAUAUAGACACUACACAUUUUGAAAAGGGAGCAGAAGGAAAAAUAAUCAUGUUUGUUGCUCAUAAGAGCUGAUACAAGUUAUAUAUUGUACGGUAGUUAAGAUCCUUGGAUAGCUGUACAUGUGCAAAUAACACACAAAGCUACUACAAAUAAAAGUGCAAAAUUAAAAUUA